CAAAAAAAACUUGAUUCGGGAAACUGCAUAGCCAAAGAAAAUGACAAGUUUGAUAGCUUUUGAUCUUUGAUGUAGUCUCUUGAAUAGACAAUGAUAUUGUAUUAUGUUUUAUAGGUAAAACUGACAGCCCGAUAUCGUAUUACGUUUUAUAUAAGUGAGACUGACAGCCUCAUGAGGACCAGUUUGUGACGGAUUUCAGAAGCAAGAUGCCGAGCUACCCAAAUCCUUGGUUACUGAUAUGUAUUGUAGUCUUGGAAAAAGUGAACUAUGUUUUUGGACAAUUUAGUCCGCCUUCAAAACCAGAAUUAAUUGUCCAACCUUCAAGUUUCCAAAGCGCUGGACAAUUAAAACCAAACCAGAUGCAGCAAAAUAUAUAUCCAGAUUUGUUGGCUCAACGUCAGUACUACAAUGGUCUAAUGAGCCGAAUGUUGGAGAUCAAUAAAAGUAAGUCCUCUAAAUCCAGUCUUAACAAUGUGGAUGAAAUCAAGGAGUGGAAAUUCACCGAUCCACACAAUAUGGUGGACACAUGGGCCCCACAUAGCGGUAGAUGGGAGUAUUUGGGGGACUGGAGAGAAUCGGACCGGAAGAGCAAAGCAGCUCCGGCAAGGGCAGUUCAACGAACCAACAUCAUAAAGUACUUUUUUAGAAGAGGAAUUUUAUUUAGACCAAAAUUGGAUGGAAGCAAUGUGCAUCGACCAGUUCACAAUAUCCCAGUUUUUCAUUCGAGACCAAUGAAACUUUUUAGAUGACUGCGUCACGUUCCAUAAUUGUUUCAUAUUUGGAUGGCCAUCUGUUUGUACAUUCGCAGUCAAUUCCUUAAAUCUCUACGACAGUUUGGAGAAGAAUAAUAACGUAUUUACACAAACACUACAAAACAGACAUCCCUUCAUAAAGAGACAGCAUUCUUCCAAGUAGAACCGACCCAAUAAUGUUUAUAUUUAUAUUUACUUGCAUAAUUUAUUAUAUUUUUGUUUGAUUUUGCAUAUUAAAAAAAUUGUUCAUAUUACA